AUGAAGUUGAUAAUUUUUUUUUCUUCUCAAGGUAUAGUAUAGUUAUGCUUAGUUAGUGUCUUUUUAAAUUAAUCUAUAUUUUAAGUCAAAUUAAUGCUAAGGUUAGAUCCAUCGAAGUAAUUUAUUGAAUAUCUGGUAUAGAAUAUUUUGAGGUAAAAGGUGUUUACAAGGAGAUCACUGUAAUUUAAACAAAAUUUAACUUAAAUUAAUUUUAGUAAAGUAGAUAGAUUACUAUUAUGUAAGUUAUUUUACUUUAUUAAUUUUUAUAGUUAAUUAACACUUACUGUUUUGAAAAGGAUUCAAAUUAAUAUAACUUAUAAAUCAAUUAAAAGUUAUUUAAUACAGAAAUACACAAAUAAAUAAAUAAUAAGGCCUCGUUAAGUUAGAUUAUUCAAGUGGGUGACAUUUUAUAAUUACUAAAAAAAAAAAAUUAAUGUGGGACUUUUUAUUUUCAUGUGA